AUGUCUGGUAAGAAUACCAUUGUAGAAAAGCACCCCAAUAUAGAACAAAUGUCAUGGUCGACUUCAUGACUAUCCACCAAAAAUCAUUCAUUGCAACAUCACCUCUGUCCCCACAGCACCGAAGGAGAAGCCGUGUUACACUCUGCCCACAGUGAAGAAACUCCUGGAGCAGAAGAGGAAGAGGGAGACCUCCUCGACGGCAACAAUCAGUACCGGUGUCCCCACUGCCGCUGUCCUCUCCCAACAGGUGUCAACACCAGAGAAGUCUACCUCAACAGGUGAGUACUGCUUGAAGCACCCAUGUAAGCCAUUUGCAACCCAACCAGACCUGGGUCAAAUACAUUGUCAAAUCAUUUCAAAUAUCUUCCAUUGACAUUGACAGAUGGCUUGACUUGUGACCCUCCCAGGUGUAGCCAGCAGCUACUCAGACAUGGCAGUGGGGUAUGAGAGAUGGGUUUCUAUGGAUGAGCACCAAGCCCCCUUGGCCAUACAGGAAGGACCAUUCUCCCCUAUGGGGAUCAAUUACUUCUCCAGCCCAUCCACCUCAAUGGACUACAGUCACACUCCGGCCUACAGCCGUCCGAUGGCCUCCAGCUACAACACACAGCAGAUUCAGGACUACCCAGACACCACGAUGCCUCAGCAAUAUGUAAGGAGGACUUGUUUCUCGAACAGAAGCAAUUUGACAUUACAUCAUCAUUUUGACUACUUGUUGUUCUCGUGCUAUUAAAUACAUGAACAGUAUGUGCUAUAGCAUUUAUGAUGAUACCAAUAUUUUACCUUUACAGACGGAGUGUCCAGUGACCGAGGCUGUGUCUAGUUUGGUUCCUUCUGGGCCCCUGCAGACCCCUGUCUACUCCUGGUCGUCGGGAACCUUGGGCCCCACAGAGCCUGUCCAGCAGGUGUUUAGUGGCCAGAUGGAUGUCAUCAAGCUGGAGGAAGCCAGGAUAUUCCACAGAGGGAUGGACUACAGCAGAACCACCUGGCAGGAUGACGACGGAGACACGUGAGUGUGUGUGUGUGUGUGUGUGGGGGGGGGCUUGUUACCUGAUGUUGAGAAAGUAGACAUGACUAAGUUUGAGAAAAUGUUAAGAGAAACUUGGCAAAUAAAAAUAAAAGUGUCUCAUGUCUCAUGGGACUUUACAACAUUUUCGACUGAAACCAAUUUGUCAUGUUGUAUUGUCUUGUCAGGAUUCUGCAUAUCUACACAGCCAAGGGCCUGAGGGAGUAUGCAUUUGCUGCAGCAGAGAGGCUUGCUGAGCUUGGUAGGCUAGACUCCAAGGAACACAAGGGGAAGGUAUGCACCAAGAAGACACUUCUACUUUAGAGAACACAGGAUUGAGUAAAACAUAAAUGAGAUGCUUCCUCUAAAAUAAAUGUGUGGAUGCCACACAUAGUGAGCCUUAGUUUAAUAGUAUUAACCCCCCCUCCCUCCGGUAUCCCAGACUGCUUUGCUGGUGGCGGUGACUGCUAACCAUCCGGAAAUCGUCCAGGAUCUGUUGUCUUUAGGAGCAGAUAUAAAUGCCUGUGAUGUCAAAGGUCAAACAGCACUUCAUCUUGCUGCCACCUAUGGCUUCCCCAGGGUUAUGCAGGUAAACCAGCAGCACUGCCUUCAACCAAAGUUAUCAUCUGUUAGGGCUCAAUCUAGAUAAAUAACAAAUGAUGUGAAUAACCAAUCAUUUUCAAUCUUUGGAUCUGUAUUUGUAGGUUAUUCUCUCCUUUGGGCCUGGAGUGAACCUUGAGGCUCGCAAUUUUGAAGGUAACAUCCAGCUUAUGACAAAUGAGAACAACACAACCAUUACUCAAAAGACAUCUGACAAACGAUAUAAUAAGACAACAGAAUAAGUAACAACAAUAGAAUAAAGUAUUUUCCCACUCCUGUCUCAGGUCUGACUCCUCUGCACUGUGCAGCCAUCUCCCACGGUGGCACCAUGAAGACUCUCUCCUCCCUCUCCUCCACGGGGCUGGGUGAUGCCAGCCUCCAUGCCCUGGCAGAGGAGAAGCUCUCCUGGCUGCAGAUGCUGCUCAACACCGGAGCCUCCCUGACCAGCCAGGUACUGAAUGCACUACUUAAAUGUAACGUACUAGAGUUAGUAUUUUAGAGACUGUAUUCUACAGGAGGUGCCAGUACUCAAUAAGUAGAAAACACCAUCUAUACCUCAGUCCUCCCAAGGGAAUGGCAUGGUUCGUUAUGGUAGAAAAUAAAUCACAUCUGGAGCUAUUAGUCAGCUUUUUUCUCCACCCAACCUCACACCUGCAGAAACCUAUGAUGGGUUUUGAAUAUUUUCCUCACCUUCGGUGCGUUGCGGUUUCAUUUUGAUGCUUCAUAUAGUGUUUUCCUCUGUUUCCAGGAAAUCAAAAGUAACAAGACUGUUCUUCACCUGGCUGUGAAGGAGGGGAACAUCCACCUGGUCCGCUACCUGCUGAAGAUCCCCCUGGCCAACAUGAGGGACUUUGUCAACAUGAAGGUCAGUGCUGCUGUGAGAUUGUCUGCUCUUCAAAGAUGUAGAGAAACUGACCUGUGUCCUGAGAGACUCCAUGAAAAGAGAAAAGAGAGGAAGAACAUCUUCAACAGCGUGUGUACAUGUGAAAGGAAAAGAUUGAAAAGAAAGGGAGACUCAUCGACAGUGUGUGCAUAUCUAGUUAUUGCCAUAGUGUUGGUAUAUACUCACAGCUUCAUGAUUCCCUUGACCUCCUCCCCUGCAGGCCCACGGUCAUACCGCGCUGCACAUGGCCGCUGGUCUCCAUGGCAGCCCACACCAAGAGGAGAUGCUGAGGCUGCUGCUUAGCCGAGGGGCCGACCCCAGCAUCCGCAACCUGGAGAACGACCAGCCUGCACACCUGCUGCAGAGUGGACCCCAUGGGGAACAGGUGAGCAGUCAGACAGACAGACAGCUAAUGGCCAUUUUGUUUCAUUCAUAUAAUCUCAGCUCACCUAUCCCUGUCCCAUCUGUUUUCAGCUCAAGCUUAUCCUGAAGAAGCGAAGUGCUUCCUCUCGUCGACGUGUAAUGUCCUUACAGGACCAAGAGUGA